GAUCAGUCGCUGGGUAGGAACUGUAGAACCAGCCAGUGACCUGCAAUCGCAAGCGCUUCUUCUCCAACCCCAACUCUCCUCAUCAUGAGCAGCCCUGAUGGUGGUUACGCCAGCGACGAUCAGAAUCAGGGAAAGUGCUCAGUGCCAAUAAUGAUGACUGGACUCGGGCAGUGCCAGUGGGCCGAACCCAUGACUUCUCUCGGGGAGGGGAAACUGAAGAGCGAUGCGGGAUCUGCCAAUUCUAGGAGCAAAGCCGAGGCUCGGAUCCGCCGGCCUAUGAAUGCCUUCAUGGUGUGGGCAAAGGACGAGCGCAAGAGACUGGCACAGCAGAACCCCGACCUUCACAACGCCGAGCUCAGCAAGAUGCUUGGCAAGUCUUGGAAGUCUCUGACUCUGGCAGAGAAGCGCCCCUUUGUGGAGGAAGCAGAGAGGCUGAGGGUGCAGCACAUGCAGGACCACCCCAACUACAAGUACAGACCCCGCAGGAGGAAACAGGUGAAGAGGAUGAAGAGGGCAGAAAACGGCUUCAUGCACAUGGCAGAGGCGCAGGAGAGCGCAGUGCUGGGCGCAGAUGGAAGGAUGUGUCUAGAGAACUUCAGCCUGGGUUAUCAUGAGCAGACUUACUCCCACGGCCAGGUUCCUCAGAGCAGCCACUACAGGGAACCCCAAGCAGUGGCUCCCCAUUAUGACGGUUACAGUUUGCCCACUCCUGAGAGCUCUCCUCUGGAUUUGGCAGAAGCAGAUCCCGUGUUCUUCACAUCUCCAGCCCAGGACGAGUGCCAGAUGAUGCCCUACAGCUACAAUGGCAGCUACCCUCACCAGCAGAACUCCAUGUUGGUAAGACAGAUGCCACAAACUGAGCAAAUGGGUCAAGUCAGUCCAGUUCAGGGUAUGAUGGCAUGUCAGAGCUCCCCACACAUGUACUAUGGACAGAUGUACUUGCCAGGCUCUGCCAGGCAUCACCAGGUCCACCAAGCUGGGCAGCCCUCCCCACCCCCUGAGGCUCAGCAGAUGGGCAGAGCAGAUCACAUCCAACCGGCUGACAUGUUGGCAGAGGUGGACAGGACUGAAUUCGAGCAGUAUCUGAGCUAUGUGGCCAAGUCAGACCUGGGUAUGCAUUAUCAUGCGCAGGAAUCGGUGGUGCCUACUGCAGACAAUGGGCCCAUUUCUUCUGUCCUUUCCGAUGCCAGUACUGCUGUAUAUUACUGCAACUACCCCAGUGCCUGAGAGACUGACACCGUGCCCUAUAGAUUCUGCAGUAUUCACACACACCCCAGUAUUGAGAAGGACGGGCUCUGUGUCUUAUCUUAUUGACUCUCUAAUUUAUGUAACUUAUUUUACAUACAACUGGCCAGUAAAGUAAGAAAUGAAAUAUUGUCUACCAGGUAACUGGCUCCAGACUUACUGAUCAAAAUGAGUUUGAUCUCGAUUAUUUUCAUUGAAUGCAAUGUGAAACUGUGUGAUUAUUGUGUACGUGGUACACUGCUUUUAUUUUUGCGCUUUUAAAUAAUUUUUAUACAUUGUUUUAUUUUAUUUUGCACUUUUAUAAAUAAACAUUCAAAUAUAA